UAGGGUGUCAUCUCGUCGUCUAUUUCCAUCAGGGCAGGCAGCUCAUCUUCUUCUAUCUCUGCCCGCCUCGAUGUCGAAGGUCGAGGUUCAUCGUCUGCUGUGGCUGAUGUACUUGACUGCUGAGUCUCGCGAAUUUUUCUAUCUCACAGUUCUUUAAUAAGGACUCAAACCAUCCUGCAAAUAUCCCCUAAACCGACGUACCCUUUCAAAAUUAAAGUCGUACUUUAUCAUUACUCAUUCGGUUUCGAUUGUUAUCCUUUUUUUCUUCCAAUUGCAUCAGCUCUUCAUCUGUCAGUUCUUGGUGAUGGGAUGCCAAAACCUCUUCAACAGCAUGUUCGUCAGCUUCCACAAGCCAAACUCACUUUGUCUUUACUUUAUUCACCACGAUCAAAAGGCUUAAUUAUGUCUAGUUUUGCUGUAAGUGUAACACCCUUAUGAGCUCUUUCAGGCUUUUCCGAUACCUUAGAACUCAUCUUGCAAACGGCUGCUCACAGGCUCGUGUUUAAGCAAUGCCGGCGAGAAUCCGGGGGAGGGCGGCUGCUCGGGGCGCGCUGCCUUUUAUCGCACGCUGAUUUUUUAUUUUUUACGAAUUUUUUUUUUUGUAACAGUGAAAACACCUUCUGAAAGCGAAAAUAGGGUACUAAUGUAGGUCUUCCAUAAUAGUGUGGUUUUGUAAAGCGAACAUUCGAAAAGCGGGGGACACCUGUACUUGUCCCGCUCAAAGACCUCUCGUGAUUUACACAGAUCAUAAUCAAUUGGUGUUUUUAAAUAAAACGAAGGAUAACAAUAGGAGGUUGUUAAAUUGGAGUCUAGUACUGCAGGAAUUUGAUUUGAUAAUCAAACAUGUAAAAGGUACUGAUAACUUCAUAGCUGAUUGCUUAUCCCGAUGUUAAGUUGGAAACUGUAACCAUCUUUGCUUUGUCAUCUGAUGUUUUUUCCCUGUAUUGUUUAAAACCCUGUGACGGACUUUUAAAAAAAAAUCGUCCUCGACAAUUGUUUUUUCCCUGAGGAAGGGGAGUGUGAGGGGAUCCAGGAGUGCCCCUAUUAGAACUGUUUGAAGAGGGACAGAGAGAGACAUUCAUCAUUGAUAGUUUGUUUGGAAAGGAGAGAGAGAGACGAAAAUUAACGGUUGGACUGUCACUUUAAGGCAUUGGGAGUAACUUUGGAUUUCUACUUAGUUGGGUUUGGAGACAGCACCCAGCAGCUCGAAAGUUGCUAUGGUGACCGACAGGACAUUAUUGAUGUUACUUUCAAGGACUUGUUGCCUGCUUGCAUUUCUUUGCAGGCAAAGGAGGGAGGGACUCUUUGAAUGACAGGUGAUGUUCAGCCUGGUGAGAUAAAUAGGAGGUCAGAUGAUACAGACCUCAGACACAUGAUCUGGACACGGAAUGAGCAUUGUCGUGACUGCAGAGAAAGUGGGUUUUGGAGGAUUGAUCAGGCAGAUCGAUCCAAGUUGCUAUUUGCAAAUUGCGAUCCAAAUAGCGGUGAAAAGGGGGUUGACUGGUGGGGAGCUGUGUAUGUAUCCACCCUUGCCGGGGUGAUAGCCCCACCACAGGAAGACCGAUCCCCCGGGUUAAAGUCACAGUCGGUGACUUGUAAAGGAUUUCAGAGGAUGACGAGGAGAUCGAUGGCAUCAGCUCACCUGAAGACUCAACUCACUCUCUCGCUCUCUCUCCAUCACUACUCAACUGAAUACCACAAACUGAACUGAACUGAACUUUACUCAACAUCAAAUGCUUGGCUAUCUGAUUCUGUCGCUGGUACUUUGCUUCCUGUACUGGCGGUACAGAGACAGGAAACAGAUAACAAAUAUAUUUGACAAGCACGUGUACAUCACAGGCUGUGACUCUGGCUUUGGAAAUCUUCUGGCCCAGCGUCUGGACCAGCAGGGAUUCCAUGUUCUGGCUGCCUGUUUUACUGAGAAGGGUGCUGAAGAACUGAAGAGCAGGACAUCAUCGAGACUCAAAACAAUUCAACUUGAUGUUACCAAGUCUGAGAGCAUUGGGAAGGCAGCAGAAUUUGUAAAAUCAGAGGUAAAGGGAAAAGGACUCUGGGGGCUGGUUAACAAUGCUGGCAUCUUGCACCCCCUUGCCCCUGUUGACUGGCUUAUGAUAGAUGAUUACAGAGCCGUGCUGAAUGUCAACCUGAUUGGACUUAUUGAGGUCACACUGAGUGUACUUCCACUGAUAAAGCGGGCACGAGGCAGAAUAGUAAAUAUUGCAAGUGUAGGUGGAAGGAUCAGCCCUCUAAGUGGAGCAUAUUACAUCUCUAAAUUUGGUGUAGAAGCCUUCAAUGACGGUCUCAGGAGAGAUAUGAAGUGUUUUGGAGUGAAAGUAGCUUGUAUUGAGCCAGGCUUUUUCAAAACACCCUUGACUAAUGCAGAACACACAUUGGAGCAAAUGAACAGGUUGUGGAGUAGGUUACCACCAGAUGUACAAGAAGAAUAUGGGGAUGAUUUCAUGGAUAAAGUCUCUUUAAAACUGACGACCAAAGUGGAGAAGCAAAUAAACCAAGAUUUGAUGAAAGUGGUGUGGUGCCUGAAUCAUGCUCUGACUUCUCUUCAUCCUCGUACUCGGUACUCUGCUGGAAUCGAUGCAAAGAUUUUUUGGAUUCCUCUCUCCUACAUGCCAACUGCUAUCUCUGAUUUUCUGCUCAGUAGAGGUAAAAUCAAGCCAGCGAAAGCUCUCUUUUAGCAUUGUUUUGGGAUUGAGUAUGAUGAAGAGGAAAUAGUACUAGUGACACUUAUGUAAAAUAUGAUGUGAUCCCUUUCUUUCUGUAUCAUAGAAAAUAGUCAAUGUUAUUCCUUUCUCUGGUAUCAGUCAGUAUCUUGACUUUCAAAACUAU